UUGGCCGCCAGCUCUAUGAUUACUUUGUAGCAGCGGAUUUCAGCUGGUGCCCGAUACGGUAUAGUAUAGUGCAUCUACGAAUUUACGUUGCUGUCAAUCUCAGCAGCUGGAAGGCUAUAAUCCUGGAUUAUCUGAAACUACGGUGUUGUGAUUUAGUUUUGUGAGCUUUUUAUAUUGCGUUUGUAUACGCAUUGGACCGUAUGGAGGGAUGUCGCGAUGAUGGUCUGCUCUAGGAGAACCAAAACUUUGGUGUCGACAUGCGUAAUUUUGAGUGGCAUGACCAAUAUUGUCUGUCUUCUCUACGUCGGCUGGAUCACUAAUUAUGUGGCCAAUGUGAACACAAAAGUCUCAGAGACAGAACCGGAGAGAAAGUUUGAAGAUGACAACAAGGGAGAAACUCUGAAGAUUAUAGAGAGACUGGACCGACUGGAAAAUGUGGUCAACCAACACAUCCAAGAGGUGCCCCAGAAGGGUAGUGAUGAAAAAGUAGGGGAGUCCCUCUCAGACUCCUCCCUGUUUGUCCGCUGGGGUCAUGACCUAGGUCCUGAGAGUCGUCGUGUGGCGCUGAAGAAGUUCCAGUACUAUGGCUACAACGGUUACCUCAGUGACCGCCUCUCUCUGGCCAGACCCAUCCCAGACCUCAGACCUGAUGGGUGCAGAAACAUGUCGUACCCCACCAAUCUCCCACAAGUAAGUAUCAUAUUUAUCUUUGUGAAUGAGGCCCUGUCGGUCAUCCUGCGCUCCAUCCACACAGCCAUGAACAGGACUCCCUCCCACCUCCUCAAGGAGAUCAUCCUGGUCGACGACAACAGCAAUAAUGCUGAGCUGAAGGAGAACCUGCAGAACUUUGUGAAGGAAACCAACUCCCAGCGGCCAGACUUCAUCAAGGUGGUCCGCCACGACAAGCAGGAGGGGCUGAUCCGCUCCAGAGUCAGUGGGUGGAGGGCCGCCAGCGCCCCCAUCGUUGCCCUGUUCGAUGCCCACGUGGAGUUUAACAUUGGAUGGGCCGAGCCCAUUCUUCUCAGGAUCAAGGAAGACAGAACGCGCAUCGUCUCGCCGUCGUUUGACAACAUCAAGUAUGACACGUUUGAGAUCGAGGAGUAUCCGCUGUCUGCUCAGGGCUUCGACUGGGAGCUGUGGUGUCGCUACCUGAACCCGCCCAAAGCCUGGUGGACCCAGUACAACCACACCGCCCCUAUCAGGAGCCCAGCUCUUAUUGGCUGUUUUGUGGUGGACAGGAAGUACUUUGAGGAGAUUGGCCUAUUGGAUGAGGGAAUGGAGGUCUAUGGUGGAGAGAAUGUGGAGCUUGGCAUCAGGGUAUGGCAGUGUGGGGGCAGUGUGGAGGUCCUGCCCUGUUCUCGGAUAGCCCAUAUCGAGCGUGCUCACAAGCCCUACACUCAAGAUCUGACUGCUCAUGUGCGGCGGAAUGCGCUGAGGGUGGCCGAGGUGUGGAUGGACGAAUACAAGAACCACGUUUAUAUGGCAUGGAACAUUCCGCCACAGGACUCAGGGAUUGACAUAGGGGACCUCACGGAGAGGAAGGCUUUGAGGAACAGACUGCAGUGUAAAUCUUUCAGGUGGUUCUUGGCCAACAUCUACUCUGAGAUGAGAACCUACAGUGACACUGUUGCUUAUGGAGUGUUAAAGAACAUGCUGAGGAAUGACCUGUGUCUAGACCAGGGGCCUGACUCAGACAACAUCCCCAUCCUGUACCUCUGUCAUGGGAUGACACCACAGAACGUGUACUACACAAACUCACAUCAGCUUCACCUGGGGGUCCUGAGCCCCACCAUCGAUGACGAUGACAACAAGUGCCUGGUGGAUGUGAACAACCGGCCGCGGCUCCUGGAGUGCAGCUAUGCCACAGCCAAGCGCAUGAAGCUCGCCUGGCUGUUUACUCAGGGAGGCUCCAUAGAAAACAUGAAUUCCAAACGUUGCCUGGAGCUGGUAGAGAACGGUGAAACGGAGUUUGGCUACCAGCUGGCCAUACAGAAGUGCUCUGGUCAGAAAUGGACAAUCACCAACCUACUGUCAACCUACACUCUCCAAUGAGGGGAUCCUGCGUCCUGCAGGGGAAAGAGCUGCCCAUGGUGAACACUGGAUCUGUAACUGACAGACAUAGAAGCUUUGCUUCUUUAAAGAUAUAUAUUUAUUGAGGCAAUAAUUGAAUUAUAAAUAUGCUGACACUUUUAGUACCUUGAUGUCUCUUAGACUCAAAGACAUAAUUUGAUAAAUGUAAACAAUGUCCUUUGUUAAUAUAUGAGAUUGAACCGGCAGACUUGGGUCUAUAAUGAGACUUAAAUGUUUCAAUGUAUUUUGAGCAGAUUGUCUUUUGUCACACUGAAUUCAGGCUUGCAUUGGCUCUAAUGUACAUUGUAAUUGAUGCUACUGUGUAGCAUGUUUUUGAAAAACCUUUGUUAUUCUUGUUUUGUUUGUUUCUCAGGUUUGUAGAUUGAAUGUUAUUAUGAAAUCAAGUCGGUGGUAUCAAAGAACUGUUGCCAAUAUGUUGGGAGAAUAUACAAGCUAUUUUAUAAGUGUAUACUGGAUAUUUAUAAAAACCUACAGUAAAAAUGCUGAUGACAAAUAA